AUGGAUAAUACUUAUCAAAGGGCUUCUUCAUAUUCAGUUACAACAUCCAAUUCUGCAAAGAGACAACGUACUUCCACUGAUCCCACAGUAUAUGCACAAUUGAUUUCAUUGACUAUUGGUGAUUGUCAAAUAUCAAUGGAAGAACUCAAAUGCCUUCUUUUACUGACACCUUCACUUGUCCACCUCAAACUGGUUUCAUCUAGAUCAGAAACUUAUUCGAUAUUCGAUGGUUCUUAUUGGGAGCAAUUUAUUCAAAAUAAUCUACUUUUACUGAAUAAAUUUCAAUUUUUCUUCACUUAUAUUACCGAUGAAUUUAAUGAUACCAAUACUUUGGACUCACUUAUUCUACCAUUUCGAAGUUCGUUCUGGCUCAACAACAAACAUUGGCUUGUCAGUUGUGACUAUACCCCACGAAAACGGAACAUUCGACUCUAUACAUCAUCAGCCUACAAGGAUAUCGAAGCAAGAUCUUCUAAACUUUUAAUAUCAUCGAUAAAUCCUAAAUGUCGUAUGAUUUUGCAUUCGAAUGAAGACAUGGACCAUUACAGUAGAAAAGAAACAUUAACAAUACUUAGACUUCGGUGUAAUGGAAUCGGUGAUAUUGGAGCACAAUAUCUAGCUGAUGCAUUACGAAAUCAUCAGAUAAUCACCAAAUUACACCUUUCGGGGAAUAAAAUCGGCUAUACUGGAGCACAGCAUUUAGCUGAAGCGUUACGCAACAAUGAAACAAUCACCGAAUUAAACCUUUCGCUGAAUAAAAUCGGAGAUACUGGAGCACAGCAUUUAGCUAAAGCAUUACGCAACAAUAAAACAAUCACCGAAUUAAACCUUUCGCUGAAUAAAAUCGGAGAUACUGGAGCACAGCAUUUAGCUAAAGCAUUACACAACAAUAAAACAAUCACCAAAUUAAACCUUUCGCUGAAUAAAAUCGGAGAUACAGGAGCACAGCAUUUAGCUGAAGCAUUACACAACAAUGAAACAAUCACCGACUUAAAUCUUUCGAUGAAUAAGAUCGGCGAUAUUGGAGCACACCAUUUAGCUUAUAUGUUACAAAACAAUAAAGCUCUCACUUCACUGCUACUAGGAAUUGCUUCAUCACAGUCACCUUCAACGGUAAUAGGUCCUUAUGAUGAACAAUCAAAUCGAAUCGGAUAUGAAGGAGCAAAGCAUCUUGCUGAUGCAUUACAAAAAAACAAAACACUCACAACAUUAGAUUUGUCAGACAACAGCAUUGGAGAUGUUGGAGUGAAAUAUCUCAGUGACGUAUUACAAUAUAAUAAAGUGCUUGAUUACACAUUAAAAAUAUUGACACUUUCGCAUAAUAAUAUUAGUGAUAUUGGAGUACAAUAUUUAGCCAAUGUCUUACAAAAUAAUGCUACACUUAUUACACUUGAUCUUCGAUCGAAUCAAAUUGGAGAUGAUGGGGCACAACAAUUGGCUUUUGCUUUGAAAAACAAUGAAAUUUUGAUUGGCUAUUGGUUUUUUCCCAGUUAUGCUGUCUGUCAUCAUGGUUUUAUACAAUGUAGUCAUUUAUGUGAAAAAUUUCCCAACAUCAUUUCAUCGAUGACAAACAACAUGUUAGCAUCUCUUGAAACAUUGCCAAUUGAAUUACUGUAUCAGAUUUUUGAUAAUCUCGAUGUUGAAACAAUUGUAGUUUCGUUAAGACAAGUAUGUCGAUUGUUUCGUUCAGUUAUUCAAACUUAUAACCGUUAUGUAUUCGAUUUUCAAUCGAUUUCGAAAUCUAAUUUUAAUCUUAUUUGUCGAAUAGUUCGUCAUGAGAAUGUCAUUUCAUUGAUACUGAACAAUGACAAAACACCUGGCCAGAUAGAUUUUUUUCUUUCGUCAGUUCGAAUUUAUCGAUUUACUCGACUUCGAUCUCUUAUUCUUCGAGAUGUUGAUGAAUCGCAAGCAACUAAUAUUUUAACACGUAUAAAAGUUGAUCAGCUUAACUCAUUUGUAAUAAAAAUACAAAAAUAUGAUCAAAGACGAAAAAUGACAACUGUGAAACUUAUGACUACUAUCAUUUCCCAAUUGCAUCUUCAGAAACUUGACAUACAAAUAGAAAGUGAGAGAUUUGGUUUGAUAAAAUGGCUUGAAAAAAGUACGCUUCGUGAUUUAUCAAUCAAUGGAAAUAUGACUUUCCAUAAUUUAUGCACAAUUAUGCAAUGUUCUCCACAGUUACGAGCACUUACGAUACAACAAGUACUGCCAUUUAUGGAUAACACGAAUAAUUCCAUAUGUUUUCUUCAAUUGACUUCACUUACGAUUGCUGAAAUACAUAUAAAUAUCGAUCAACUAGAAUCUUUUCUUUUAUUCACUCCAUCACUGACUCAUCUAAAAAUGAUUGGUGAAAUAAAUAUUCUUGAUGGAACAAGAUGGGAGCAAUUUAUUCAAAUACGUUUACCAAUGCUAGAUAGAUUCGAACUUUUGGUAUGGAUAUAUCACACGUUCCCUCAAACUCUUCAAGAUAUUGAAUCAAUCAUUAAAUCAUUCCGAUCUUUAUUUUGGAUUGAACAUAAAAAAUGGUUUUUCACAUGCGAAUAUGAUAUUGAAUCUUCGAAAAAAAUAUAUCUCUAUUCAUUACCAAUUUGUCAAACAACAAUGAAAUACAUACCAUCGUCACAGAGAAUGUCACUUUCCACCACUACUACAUCUAAUUUAUCAAGAAUGGACAAUGUCGAGAAUGUUAUUUUAACAAUGACAAAAGCUUUGGCUGAUGAGAUAGCGGAGAAAGAAACAAUGAUCAUGAAUCCUGUGUUUUGUAAAGCGACUAAACUCUUUAUUAAUCUGGCCGAUGAUUGGCCAUUUAUUCCUCUCAUUUCACUUUCAGUUCUUAUCGAUCUUUCACAUCUUGUUGAAAUCGAAUUUAACAGCUGUUUUCCUAUUACAUCAGAUACAAAUGCAUUAUCUGAUAUUAUCAAUUUAAUUCAACAAGCACAUAAUCUUUCAUCUUUAUUAAUUUAUUCACAUUUUGCCUAUGGAUUUGGUUUAUGUACAGAAGAUAUUUGCUGUCUUAUUUCGCGUCAGAUAAAACAUUUACAAAUACCUGUUGAUGAUUUAAAUGAUAUAAAAAUUGUUUUGGAACGAUGUAAUCAUUUAUCAAGUAUUCAAUUCGAUAUUCGUCAAAGAAAAUUUUCAAAAGAGAUUGUCCAAUGGAUAGUCGAUAAUACAAUCGAUUCAACAUAUCGAACAGAUGCCAAUUUUGUUAAAGUGUGGCUUGGGAAGAAUAAGAUCGAAUCAAAUGAAUUUAAUGUUGGAUUUAAACGAAUGAAAUUCAGUGAACAUUGUUGA